AGCAGCCUCUUCCCUCCUCCAGACAGAGCCAGGCAGCGGGGACGGCUUGGGCUCUGCUCCUCUCUUUCUGAUCCUCCUCCGAGGAGAGGAAAAAAGGGGGUUUGGUUCCGCAGCAUCCUGAGGACCAUUUCCAUAGUAACCUGUUCCAACGGGGAUGGGUUGGGUCUCCCCGGCCUUUCCAGGAUGGCAUUUGACAGAAUUCACAAAGGGCCUACUCCCACCAUGCAUUACUAUUGGUGAAGCCCCACUGGAAUGAAUGGCGGGUGGAAAAGAACAUGAUUUACCAAAAGGAUGUAACAUUCAAAAAUGGAAAUGUGUAUAGAAAGGAACAGAUAGCAGUUGGCGCUCAAGGAUUGAGUGAUCAUUUCUCUUUGGAUGUAUUGGCUUUUAAGAACGAUAUGUUGAUUCAGAAAGUCCCAAGUGAGCAUCAUGAAAUUUGUUUCAUCUACACAGUCCAUGGAAUUUUAAUUCAUUCCUUGGGGUCAGUGAAUUUUCACAAAGGUGUGUGAUGGAAAUAUCAGCGUGUCUCUGUGUCAGCCGACAGUACCCUGUGGAUUAGUUUGCUGUUGUGGAGUACUCAUUCCAUUUUGAGAGACAAGGAACAGAUGUGAUGGAUUUACCUUCAGAAAUGAACAGGCAUGGGAGAAAUCCACUCAGCCACAAGCUAGAAGAUCAAAAGAAGAUAUACACUGACUGGGCUAAUCACUAUCUAGCAAAAUCUGGCCACAAACGGCUCAUCAAGGACUUGCAACAGGACAUUGCAGAUGGAGUUCUGCUAGCAGACAUCAUUCAAAUUAUUGCAAAUGAAAAAGUUGAAGAUAUCAAUGGCUGUCCUCGAAGCCAGUCUCAAAUGGUUGAGAAUGUUGAUGUCUGCCUUAGUUUUCUGGCAGCCAGAGGUGUAAAUGUCCAAGGUCUUUCUGCCGAAGAAAUAAGGAAUGGAAAUUUGAAAGCCAUUUUGGGGCUGUUUUUCAGUUUGUCUCGAUAUAAACAGCAACAGCACCAACAGCAGCAGUACUACCAGUCUUUAGUUGAACUUCAGCAACACGUCUCUCAUUCUUCACCUCCCACUGAAAUUGGCCAGCCCAAAACACAGCAGGAUAUGCAGUCCAGUCUGACAGCCAGAUAUGCAACUCAGUCUAAUCACAGUGGAAUUGCAACCAGUCAAAAAAAGCCUUCUAGGCUUCCCGGGCCCUCAAGGGUGCCAGCUGCAGGCAGCAGUACCAAAGUCCAGGGAGCCUCAAAUCUAAAUCGAAGAAGUCAGAGCUUUAAUAGCAUUGAUAAAACCAAGCCUCCACAAUAUGCAAAUGGAAAUGAAAAAGUAGAAUCACCCAAAGGUCCUCACCCAUCUACAGGCAUGAAUGGAAAUGUACAUCAUCCCACCAGCACUGGGCAGCAGCCGGUCUCUGCCAUCCCCUCUCCGAGUGCCAGCAAGCCUUGGCGCAGCAAAUCCAUGAAUGUCAAACACAGUGCCACCUCUACCAUGCUGUCUGUCAAGCAGCCUAGUCCCGCAACAUCGCCACCACCUUCAGACAGGCUCAAGCCACCCCUUUCUGAAGGACCCAAAAAUCCAUCUUCUGGGCAGAAAUCCAUGCUGGAGAAAUUCAAGCUGGUUAAUGCAAGGACUGUUUUGCGGCCUCCCUUAUCAUCAAGUUCAGGCCCAAGUGACAGUGGGAGAGAAGACGAAGCCUUCUUAGAGUGUGGUGAAACAGAUGGCUACAGCGUUGGGCUUAACAGUGGUGGCUCUACCACCAGCAGCCCAAAAAUAUCACCUAAACUAACCCCUCCAAAAGCUGGAAGCAAAAAUCUCAGCAAUAAAAAGUCUUUGCUACAGCCAAAGGACAAAGAGGAAAAGAGCAGGGACAAAAAUAAAGUUUGCACUGAGAAAAUUGUAAAAGAAGAGAAGGACCAAGUCACAGAGGCACCUGCAAAAAAGACCUCAAAAAUUGCAAGCCUGAUCCCAAAAGGGAACAAAGCUACAUCAGCCAAGAAGGAAACUUUAAUACCUUCAUCUAGUGGGAUACCAAAACCUGGAUCAAAAGUACCAACACCGAAGCAAAGUACUUCACCGGCAUGUUCAGGAAGCAAAGAAACUGAAAAAUUGAGAUGUGCAAAAGGAAAUCAGCCCCCAUCAACAGCAAAAUGCCAGGUUAAUGAGAAAGUUGGUAUUCCAUCUUGUCUCACAACUGAAGGAAAAGAAUCUAAUAUAGCUCUUACCCCAUGUUCAUCCACUACUCUUUCAAUGGCUGCAAGUAGUGGGCAAGCAACAGGAAACAGUACUGUCCAACUUCCUCAGCAACAGCAAUACAGUCACCCAAAUACGGCCACAGUAGCACCAUUUAUUUACAGAACUCAUUCAGAAAAUGAUAGUACCACUCUCCCACCUUCUGACUUCUGCACCAGUCCGACAAAAAUGGAUUUGGCAUACAGUAAGACUGCCAAACAGUGCCUAGAAGAACUAUCUGGGGAAGAUCCCGAAACAAGACGUAUGAGAACUGUCAAGAAUAUAGCAGAUCUGAGGCAAAACUUGGAAGAAACUAUGUCCAGCCUUAGAGGAACUCAGAUAAGCCACAGCACACUGGAGACAACCUUUGACAGUACUGUGACAACCGAAGUCAAUGGGCGAAGCAUUCCAGCCUUGACAAGUCGAUCUUCUCCAAUGACUUGGAGACUUGGACAAUCUAGUCCUCGUCUCCAGGCCGGUGAUGCUCCUUCCCUGGGUGCUGGGUACCCGCGCAGUGGUGCUAGUCGCUUCAUCCACACUGACCCUUCUCGAUUCAUGUACACAACACCUCUUCGCCGUGCAGCUGUUUCUCGCCUUGGGAACAUACCCCAGAUUGACAUGAGUGAAAAAGGAACUAGUGAUCUUGACAUUUCCUCAGAUGUUGACGUUGGAGGGUAUAUGAGUGAUGGGGAUAUUCUUGGGAAAAGCCUUCGAGCUGAUGACAUCAACAGUGGUUACAUGACAGAUGGAGGACUCAACCUGUAUACAAGGAGUUUGAACCGAAUACCAGAUAUAGCUGCCUCCCGAGAUGUCAUCCAAAGAGGGGUACAUGAUGUCACUGUGGAUGCAGACAGCUGGGAUGAUAGCAGCUCAGUUAGCAGUGGCCUCAGUGAUACUUUGGACAACAUCAGCACAGAUGACCUGAACACUACAUCAUCCAUCAGCUCUUACUCCAAUAUUACUGCGUCUUCAAAAAAGAACACACAUUCCCAUCUCAAGACUGAUUCAGAGAAACGUUUGGUCACAGAUGGGGAAUCAUGGGGCAGCAGUGAAGAACUGAAGAAGCCUGAAGAAGAUUUCGACAGCAGUGUUGACAGCAGUGGGAAAUGGAAGAACCACCCCACUGGACUGCUUGAAGAUGCUGAGAAGGGAGGGCAGAAAAACCCUUUGACUGUCUCUCAGACAGGCUCUUGGAGAAGAGGCAUGACCGCACAAGUAGGAACAUCAUCCAGACACAAAACAGGAACAAGUACUCUCAAAACACCCGGAAAAACAGAUGAUGCAAAGGCUUCAGAAAAAGGCAAAACUCCCCUUAAAGGAACUUCUAUUCAACGUUCCCCUUCAGAUGCAGGUAAAAGCAGUGGAGAUGAAGGGAAAAAACCUCCUUCAGGCAUCAGCAGAUCAACAGCAACAAGUUCCUUUGGUUUCAAAAAAGCUGGGGUCAGCUCUUCAACAAUGAUCACAGCAAGUGGAGCAACUAUAACAAGUGGGUCAGCAACUUUAGGAAAAAUGCCCAAGUCUGCUGCUAUUGGUGGAAAGUCAAAUGCAGGGAGGAAAACCAGCCUAGAUGGUUCACAGAACCAAGAUGACGGCGUAUUGCAUGUGAGCUCAAAGACCACCCUGCAGUACCGAAGUUUGCCACGUCCCUCAAAAUCAAGUACCAGUGGGAUUCCUGGUAGAGGUGGGCACAGAUCCAGCACCAGUAGCAUUGAUUCCAAUGUCAGCAGCAAAUCUGCAGGGGCAACUGCCACCAACAAACUGAGGGAGCCCACCAAGAUUGGCUCAGGACGGUCCAGUCCGGUUACCAUCAAUCAGACAGACAAAGAGAAAGAAAAAGUGGCAGUAUCUGAUUCUGAGAGUGCAUCAUUGUCUAACUCUCCAAAAUCAAGCCCAACUUCAGCAAAUGCCUGUGGAACAACUCCAGGUCUCAGGCAGCCAGGCUCAAAAUACCCUGACAUUGCAUCGCCCACAUUUAGAAGGUUGUUCGGUGCUAAAGCGAGCAGCAAAACUGCCCCUACACCAAAUACGGAAGGGGCGAAAUCCACAUCUGCAAUGCCCAGCCCUAGCACCACGUUGGCUCGGCAAGGCAGCUUGGAAUCUCCAUCUUCAGGUACAGGUAGCAUGGGCAGCACAGGCGGGCAGAGUGGCAGCAGUAGCCCCCUUUUCAGCAAACCUUCAGACUUAAAUACAGAUGUUGUAAGUUUAAGUCACUCCUUGGCUUCUAGCCCAGCCUCAGCCCACUCCUUCACAUCAGGCGGUCUUGUGUGGGCUGCUAACCUCAGCAGCUCCUCUGCUGGCAGUAAGGAUACACCAAGCUACCAGUCAAUGACGAGCCUCCACACGAGCUCUGAAUCCAUUGACCUUCCUCUCAGCCAUCAUGGCUCCCUGUCAGGAUUGACUACAAGUACUCAAGAGGUGCAGAGCCUGCUCAUGAGGACUGGCAGCGUGAGAUCUACCCUUUCCGAAAGCAUGCAGCUUGACAGAAAUACACUACCCAAAAAGGGAUUAAGGUAUACACCAUCCUCUCGGCAGGCCAGUCAAGAGGAAGGGAAAGAGUGGCUACGCUCCCAUUCUACAGGAGGUCUGCAAGAUACUGGAAAUCAGUCUCCCCUGAUCUCUCCUACAGCAAUGUCUUCAUCUGCAACUGGAAAAUAUUUUUCCAAUUUAGUGAGUCCUACAAAUUUGUCUCAGUUCAAACUUCCUGGUCCAAGUAUGAUGAGGUCAAACAGCAUCCCUGCACAAGAUUCUUCUUUUGAUCUCUAUGAUGAUUCACAACUUUGUGGUAGUGCAACAUCCUUAGAAGACAGACCACGUGCAAUCAGUCAUUCUGGUUCAUUCAGGGAUAGCAUGGAAGAAGUACAUGGGUCCUCAUUAUCACUAGUUUCCAGCACUUCUUCUCUCUACUCCACGGCUGAAGAAAAGGCACAUUCAGAGCAAAUUCACAAACUACGAAGGGAAUUGGUUGCAUCACAGGAAAAAGUGGCCACCCUUACUUCACAGCUGUCAGCAAAUGCCCAUCUUGUGGCAGCAUUUGAAAAGAGCUUAGGAAAUAUGACAGGCCGGUUGCAAAGCCUAACAAUGACAGCUGAACAAAAGGAAUCGGAGCUCAUAGAACUACGGGAAACCAUUGAAAUGCUGAAAGCCCAGAAUUCGGCUGCACAGGCGGCUAUUCAAGGAGCUUUGAAUGGCCCUGACCACACUCAUAAAGAUCUGCGAAUAAGGCGACAGCAUUCCUCAGAAAGCGUUUCCAGCAUCAACAGUGGCACAAGCCAUUCAAGCAUGGGCAGUGGUAAUGAUGCUGACUCCAAGAAAAAGAAAAAGAAAAAUUGGGUGAACUCUAGAGGAAGUGAGCUAAGAAGUUCAUUCAAACAGGCCUUUGGGAAGAAGAAAUCUACAAAGCCUCCUUCUUCACAUUCUGACAUAGAAGAAGUGACAGAUUCGUCUCUUCCUUCCUCGCCCAAAUUGCCCCACAGCUAUGGAGAGUGUCCAUCUUCAUCAAUAAAGCCAUCCCAAUCAACAUCUGCGUCAUCCUUAAUCUGGGCUCCAAAGAAAAGACAAAACGGUCACGUGAUCUACAAACAUAGAUCCCGGAUCUGUGAAUGCACAGAGGCAGAAGCUGAAAUAAUUCUGCAACUGAAAAAUGAGCUCAGGGAGAAAGAGCUCAAGUUAACAGAUAUUCGUCUUGAGGCUCUCAGUUCAGCACACCAUCUUGACCAGAUUCGAGAAGCCAUGAAUCGCAUGCAGAAUGAGAUUGAGAUAUUGAAAGCGGAGAACGAUCGUUUAAAGGCAGAGACUACAAAUACUAGCAAACCCACCAGGCCAAGUUCAGAAUCUUCAAGCAGCACAUCUUCCUCUUCUUCACGGCAGUCUUUGGGGCUUUCCUUGAAUAACUUGAACAUCACUGAUUCAGUUACAUCAGAUAUUUUACUGGAAGACGUGUCAGAUGGAACACUCCACAAAGAAGGGCAGAAUGUUAAGAUUAUAGUUACAAUAAACAAGGGUUAUGGUCGAUCCCAGGACCAAAAAAUACAGGCAUAUUUGGUAGGUUCUAUCGGAGUCAGUGGUAAAACAAAAUGGGAUGUAUUGGAUGGUGUAAUCAGGAGGAUUUUCAAGGAAUAUGUUUUCCGGGUGGAUCCAGGUACUAGCCUUGGUUUAGGCUCAGACUGUAUAGCUAGCUAUUGUAUAGGUGAUGUAAUUAGAUCACAUAGCCAAGAAGUGCCUGAACUACUACCUUGUGGAUAUCUGGUUGGAGAUAGUAACAUAAUCACCGUGAACCUUAAAGGAGUGGAGGAGAAUAGUUUGGACAGCUUUGUGUUUGAUACAUUAAUUCCUAAACCCGUUAGUCAACGGUACUUUAAUUUACUGAUGGAGCAUCAUAGAAUUAUCCUGUCAGGGCCCAGUGGCACCGGGAAGACUUAUUUAGCCAACAAGCUUGCUGAAUAUGUGAUAACUAAAUCUGGAAGGAAGAAAACAGAAGAUGCCAUUGCUAUUUUUAAUGUAGAUCACAAAUCAAGUAAGGAUGUGCAACAAUAUCUUGCUAAUUUGGCUGAACAGUGCAGUGCUGACAACAGUAGUGCUGACCUCCCAGUGGUAAUAAUUCUUGACAACCUCCACCAUGUUGGUUCUUUGAGUGACAUCUUCAAUGGUUUCCUUAAUUGUAAAUAUAACAAAUGCCCCUAUAUUAUUGGAACAAUGAACCAGGGAGUUUCAUCUUCACCUAACCUAGAAUUGCACCAGAACUUCAGGUGGGUGCUGUGUGCUAAUCACAUGGAGCCAGUCAAAGGCUUCUUAUCUAGGUAUUUGAGAAGGAAAUUGAUUGAGACAGAAAUUGAGAGAAAUUUCCGCAAUAAUGACCUCAUAAAAAUUAUUGACUGGAUUCCUAAGACAUGGCAUCAUCUCAACAGCUUCUUAGAAACACACAGUUCUUCUGAUGUAACCAUUGGUCCUCGCCUUUUUCUACCCUGCCCUAUAGACGUUGAUGGUUCCAGGGUGUGGUUCACAGAUCUCUGGAAUUAUUCCUUGGUACCAUAUAUUAUGGAAGCUGUGAGAGAAGGACUUCAGAUGUAUGGUAAACGAGCACCUUGGGAAGAUCCCUCAAAGUGGAUAGCAGAGACGUGCCCAUGGAGUUCUUUGCAGCAUGACUGGUCAUCAUUACUUCAGUUAAGACCUGAAGAUGUUGGUUAUGAAGGUUAUGCAUCUGCCAAAGAAGGAACGACCUCAAAGCACAUUUCACAAACAGAGUCUGAAGGCGAUCCCUUGAUGAAUAUGCUAAUGCGGCUCAAAGAGGCAGCCAGCCACUCAAGUGCACAGAGCUGUGACAGCGAUACUGCCAGUCACCAUGAUGAAAUCCUGGACCCCUCACUUGAAUCAACACUCUAGAAGGGACUGGGCAUGGGUAGAGGAUGUUGGUAAACCUAUUCCCGCUUCAGGUUCUGCCAGUAUUGAAGCAGUAAGUCAGGGCGCCCCGAGAGAGAGAGAGAGAGAUUGAGAGAGAUUGAGAGAAAGAAACAGAGAGUGAGAAUGAGAGCAAGGAAGAAAAAAGCUGUGUCAUAUUUAGGUGGUCGACUUCACUCUGAAAAAGUCAUGAACACAAAUCAAAAAGGAAAGCUUGAAUUAGUUUAAUUUCAAGACAUUUCAGUAUCUAUGGAGCUGAGUGAGACCCCAUCAAUCAACUGGAAAAGGCCUUUUCACAGGAGGGCAACUAAUCUGAUUGCACAUGUGUUAGCCAAACUGGAACCUCUUUGGGUUUGUUUUUUUUUUCCUUCCUGUCUCAAAGGUUUACAGUGCAGUAUUUUUAUUUUACACUUCAAUUUUCUCUGAGGUGCUGCAUUGGUGGUCUUCUUGAUCCACCUCCUCUGACCUCUGUUGUGCCCCAACGGCACUUCUUACAGGACUCCAGUAGUGUUUCAGUUGUACACUGCUGCCCAUUCCAAAAUGAGUUUAUGGGGUGGGGGGUAGAAUGGGGUGGGGGGAGGACAUGAGAGUAAACUCAAUAAGCACAAAAGUAUUGUGCAAUUGCCAGAAAAAACGCUACUGUGAUAUGCUGGAUAAGUGCCAAUUUGAUACUAAACUGCCAUGUUUGCAGUGAUAUGGUCCAUCAAGGUUUCUGGGUUUUUGUGUGUGUAAAAACUCAUCUGUUUUAUAUACAAGUUGUUUUUAACCACAAGGGUAUUUUAUAAACACCUGCCCAUCUCUUAACUUCACAUCCAACACUGACUAAAGGCUUUCUUAGGGCUUUGUUUUUGAGCCUUUUCAGUGGAGGGGAAAUAAAAGAGAAUAUUUCCUAUGGUGCUGUCUCACUGCCUUAAAAUCAAUUUCUAGAACAGUUUUACAGUUGGUUUAAUUUGUUAAACCAUUGAUUAUUUACACUGUUUUCUUUCUUCAUUUACUAAUGAGAGAGCAUCCAUGAACACAGAAGCUUCAUGUCUGUAUGCCAUGAUGUGUAAAAAUGAGAUGGCUGGAAGGGUGAACUAUUGAUAUAGAUAUAUAGAUAGUAUUUUUUAUCUUGUGGGUAGAUUGCCUACCAUCCAAAAUGUUCAAGUGACUCAGAAGCCACACCCAAUUAAUUAUGGUUAAAGACAAAAGCCCAAGAUGGUUGGCUCAAACCCAUUUAGUCCUAUGGAACGAGCUGAUUGAAAGAUAAAUAGUUGGGGGGGAAAGCACCCAGCAGAGCUGGGUAAGCGUGUUGCAGCAUGAGCACAAUUUUUCUUUAUUUUUCUUCCCUCCUCUUUUCCCCCCAGUUUGAAGCAUGUUGUUUUAAUUGCAGUUGUUGUACAUGAAGAAAUUCAGCAUUAUGAACACUGCCACAGUGAUACCCACUGUGGAAGAGAGAAAAGUUUAUACUGUAAAAGGGGAGGGGGUUGGUUUUGCACAGUCUACUGGGAGGGGUAUUGUAAAUAUUAAAAAAGAGCCUUGCACAAAUGAAAGCAAACAAACAGCAACAACAAAAAAUAAGAAACUGUAUUUUAUCCUGUUGGUGUUAAGAGAUGUUUCAUUUAUUGAGAUGAUCUGUAUGUUACAAACAAAAUCCAGAGCGCAAACUUUACAAUCUGUUUUAAUCUCACCUGGUGUGUUUGUCUUGUAUUUAGAAUUGUUAUGACUAUGCAGGAGCUAUUUGUGCUAGAGUGAGCAUGUUUCAAUUUACAUUAUAAAGCCAAUAAAUUGUAGGAGAAAACAAAAAAUUACUUUGCUAACUAUCCUGGCAGGCUACACCAGAAUGAAUGAAAACUGAUCAGAGUAAUUGGAUGUGCUGAUUCAAAUUAACACAGAUAAGCCAAGGGCUAUGGCAUUGUGUAGAUACGGACUUGUACAUUUGGAGUCACAGUCCUGAAAAUACUCACUUGAAGCAUGCCCAGUUGCCUGGUGUGUGCGAGUGAAGCACUUUUGGUUCUAGCUAGCCAAUGGCUAUCUUCAGGACAUCCAAGUGGUGCUACAAACUCUGGUGACCAUCUUUUGGCCAUCUAUUAUAUCACACUAAGACCAGUGCAGUUUUCCUUGCUGUAUCACUGAAGAUACAGGUCUCCUACGCGGUGCUAUUGCCCUAAUAAAAAAACAAUCAACCUCUGAUUUUAUGCACACAGAAUGUAGUCAGAAUUACGUCAGGCACCAAAAUUAAGAUUCUUUUCUUAUAUUGUUAAAUAGCAUGUCACACUCUGGCAAAUAUUAUAACAUCAGCUGGUCUUUAUUAUAUAUGUGGUCUAAAACAACAAGCAAACCAUUCGUUCCUGCCACUUCCAACACACAUGCACACACUUACACAAAACCUAUAUAUGUGUGCCAUGUAAUACAACAUUCCCUGCAAUACAUCUCAGUGAAUCCACCUAGUUUACAACUUUAAAAAUUUGUUUGUGAAACAUUUGUCUGUACACAUUUUAUAUUUUGUACAUUUUUGAUGUAACAUAUCAUGUAAAUAGACAGAAACAGUGAGAUAAAUCAUCUGAAAAGUUUUGUAGUCUUUGUAAAGCCCUAAUAAUAAGUAUUUGGUGUCAUCAGACUUAACUGGAUGAUGUAUUUUCUAUUGAUUUAUUGUUCUUCUAGCUUGUAAACCAGCUUGCAUAUAUUUUUUGCAGGUGUGCACACUGUAUCUGUCUAAAUUAUUACUUUGCCAUUAAAGUGGAAUUAUUUAUU